AUGCGAAAACCAAUCUUCGAACUUGUCAACCCAGCGCUUUCGGGGCUAUUAGACAGACAUCUCAUCUGGCAUAGACUGUACUACCCUUAUAUCCCAGAAAUCCCACUUCUUCGAAACCGCUGCGCAUCGGCAGGCCAUGUUGACAUCAAGCCAAGCCUUCUAUUAUUGGCUGUUCUGUGCUCAAUAGCGCUGGAUGUCCCGGCUCAGCGCCUAGCUUCAUACAGACAUCUGCAGCCAGCGUUGAAGAAUGCCAUAUUCCACUACGGCCAGGAAAUUCUCUUCGACGUUCCCACGGACGCAGACGCACUUCUCUCCUUAGAGCUUAUUGCAGAAUAUCAACCGCUGGCACUGGUUUCGUCUCGAAAUGCGGCCCCUCUUGCGAUCAAAGGAACCCUUUACAUUUCACUGGCAAGGCGCAUCGCCCUCCAGUUGAACUUGGAUACAGCAGCUUCGUCUCUGAGGGAGCUUGUGGAUACCCGAAACAAUACCAACCUCGAGCAGAUGUUGAUGAACACGCUCCAGUGGUGCAAUAUAUCGAUGCUGGAGGCCGACCAAGAGACUUCUUUCCGACCGCCUCCGCACUCAAUCUACCCAAGUCCGUCCAUCGAAUUCGCCUUGGAAACACUCAAGCUCGCCCUCGACUGCGGGUACAUGCCAAGCAAGGCAUACUUCCUCUUCCACCGGCUAAGCUCAGGCGCCCAACUGAUGCAGCAAAACACAGCGGCCGCCAAAAACUGGAAGCGCAUCGACAAACUCGCCGACAUCAUCAUCGACCACGAAGCGCGCUGCGCCGAGGAGAGAGAAGAAGUCGCCACGGCCCUGCAGACCCUCUUCUCCUCCUCCUCCUCCGACCAAAACAACAGCAGCAGUCACGCCCAUCAGCAACAAACCUUCGCCAUCUCGCAGCUCUGCGAGACGGAGAUCCACGCGCGCCACACCGACAUCGUCGGCAGCUGCAUGUUCUACGCCAUCAUGUCCAGCGCGCAGCAACAACAGCAAAACGACUCGCUCGACCCGGCCGAGGCGCUCCGCAUCGGCGACCACAUCAUCACGCGCCUGCGCGAGUACGGCUCGGCGGACCCGAACAGGCCGCCCGCCACGCUCUUCCUUGAGAAGUUCGGCAAGUGGCGCAUGGAGGAGCUCGAGCGCACGCUGACCAACUUCAUCACCUCGUGCGCGCCCGAGAGCCGGCUGGAUGGCGUGCCCUUCGUCGGCCCCGCGCGCCGCACGGCGGCUGAGAUCUUGUUUCGUUGUAAGAACGUGGUUGAGAAUAAUGCGGUCAGGCUGAAGGGGUGGGGCGGGCUGCAUGAUCGGGUGGAUACGCAGUUGGUGUUGUUGCUGGAGUGCGCGAGGAGGCUGGAGGGGAUGGAGGCCGGGGCGGAGGAGGGAGAGAGGGCGGUGGCGAGGGGGAGUUUGUGCGCGGCUAGUGCGAGGUUGAUUAGGAGCUUGCAUCGGAUUGUGAGCGGGUGGCGGCGGGGUUUGGUUGAGGGCCAGAGGCAGAAGAUGGCGAAGCCGACGCCUGCUGCUCCAACGGAGACGCCUUCGUCAGCGUUCAACGCGGCAGUAAAGGUGGGAGACGAGGGAAACGAUGCUGGUGUUAGUGGUGAUGGCGGUGCUCGUGAGGCCGAGGCAAUUGUGGGGUUUGACGAUUUGCUGGACGGAGAUCUGUUUGCGGAUUGGAGCAAUUGGCCGCAGAUGGAAGAUGUUGAUUUUACUACGGUGUUUAGCGAUGAAUUCAGUUGGGGGUUUGUGUGA